AUGAUGUUGGUUGAAGGAGGGAUUGGGAUGGAAGAUGAAGGUAGAUUGGUUUUUGUGGGGUUGUGUGUGGGUUGUUUGGGGGGUGUAGGGUUUUUUUGGGAGUGUUGUGGGUGUUGGUUUGUUUUUGGUGAUUUAUUGGGUAGGAGUGUUGGGGGGGGGGGGGGUGGUUUGUGUUUGGAAGUGGGGUGGAUUGUUUAUUGUUUUUGUGGGGGGGGGUUGGGGGGGUUUAGGGGGGUUUGGGGGGUGAGGGGUGAGGGGGUUGGUUGUUGUGGGGUUGGUUGGGGUGGGGUGGUGGGGUGGGGGGGGGGGGGGGGGGGGGGGGUUUGGGGGGGAUGA